AUGGGGUUAAUCCAAAGGCAAGUUUUCCCUGUUUGUGAAAGUCUCUGCUUCUUUUGUCCUGCAUUGCGCGCCAGAUCACGCCAUCCCGUCAAACGAUACAAGAAGCUGCUCGCUGAGAUUUUUCCUCGCUCUCCGGAUGAAGAACCAAAUGACCGCAAGAUCAGUAAGCUAUGUGAAUACGCCUCAAAAACUCCUCUCCGUAUUCCAAAGAUCACAACUACACUGGAGCAAAGGUGCUAUAAGGACUUGAGAACUGAGAACUUCCACUCUGUGAAAGUGGUCAUGUGUGUCUACCGGAAGUUGUUGAUUUCUUGUAAGGAUCAAAUGCCAUUGUUUGCAAGUAGUUUACUUACCAUUGUUCAAAUUCUACUUGAUCAAUCACGACAUGAUGAAAUGCGCAUUUUAGGAUGCCAAACUCUUUUCGAGUUUGUGAAUAAUCAGAAGGAUGGUACAUAUAUGUUUAACCUAGACAGCAUGAUUCCAAAACUUUGUCAAAUAGCUCAAGAAAUGAGGGAGGAUGGGACGGCAAUGAAAGUGCGGGCAGCUGGGCUUCAAGCUCUUUCCUCAAUGGUUUGGUUCAUGGGUGAAUUCUCUCACAUUUCAACAGAGUUUGACAAUGUUGUUUCAGUUGUCUUAGAAAAUUAUGGAGGUGUAAAGAAAAAUUCAGAACAAGAUGCCCAGUUUGGAGAUUUGGAAGAAGUUUCUCCUUCAGUACAACCCAUGAGAAGGAUUUCUUCCUCGAGGUUGAUAGUAGGUGAAAAAGGGGACGUCAAUGUCUCAGGAGAGGAUUUGCACAAUCCUGGAUUUUGGUCAAGGGUUUGCCUCUAUAACAUUGCUAAGUUAGCCAAGGAAGCUACAACUGUACGGCGGGUUUUGGACUCUUUGUUCCGAUAUUUUGAUAAUGGCAAUCUCUGGUCUCCUAAACAUGGACUUGCUCUAUCUGUCUUGAUGGAUAUGCAGUUAAUAAUUGAAAAUUCUGGGCAGAACAGGCAUUUCAUAUUGUCCAUCUUAAUUAAGCAUCUUGAUCACAAGAAUGUUCUUAAAAACCCAAAUAUGCAGCUGGUCAUUGUUGAUGUUGUCACCUCGCUUGCUCGAGAAACAAAGGUUCAAUCAUCAGUUGCUAUAAUUGGUGCAUUGAGUGAUAUGAUGAGACAUCUGCGAAAAAGUAUACAUUGCUCACUUGAUGAUUCAAAUUUGGGGGCUGAAGUUAUUGAAUGGAACCAAAAAUUUCGAGCAGCAGUGGAUGACUGCCUUGUUCAGUUGACACAUAAGGUAGGAGACGCAGGUCCUGUUCUUGACAUGAUGGCUGUGAUGUUAGAAAACAUGUCUAAUAUUACUGUUAUGGCGAGAACUUUGAUUUCUGCUGUUUACCGUACUGGUCAAAUUGUGGCAACAAUACCUAAUCUGUCAUAUCAAAACAAGACCUUUCCUGAGGCAUUAUUUCAUCAGCUACUCGUAGCUAUGGUCUAUCCUGACCAUGAAACCAGAGUCGGUGCACACCGUAUAUUUUCUGUUGUUCUUGUUCCAUCUUCUGUUUGCCCCCGUCCUCUUGCUGCUACUCACCACGCUCCAAAGAAAAAUCCUAUUGGAAGGACACUCUCAAGAACAGUAUCUGUGUUUUCUUCUUCAGCUGCUCUUUUCGAGAAAUUGAAGAAGGAGCCAUCUCACUCGCAAGAACACAUCAGUCAUGACACCAAGGACAAUGCUUUAAUUGGUGAAGAAGCAAAGAUUACUAACCACACUAUGUUGAACAGGUUGAAAUCCAAGUUUAGUUUAAAAAAACACGAAGCGGCUUCAAUUGAGCUAGGGGCUCAGGAAGCUACAGCCAACAACCAUCCUACAGUUAACAGAUUGAAGUCGACUUUAAGCCGAGCCUACAGUAUGAAAAGGCAAUCAUCAACUAUGAGUACUGAUUCAACAGCUCCAAUUGUUCCACAAAAAGAAUCGACAAUGUCCCUUAGGUUAAGCAGUCGCCAAAUUACCCUUCUGCUUUCAUCUAUCUGGGCACAGUCCAUCUACCCUCUGAAUACGCCCGAAAACUAUCAAGCAAUUGCUCAUUCCUACAGCCUUGUGUUGCUAUAUGCUCGGACUAAGAACACCUCCCAUGAGACUCUGAUCCGCAGUUUUCAACUAGCAUUUUCAUUAAGGAGCAUUUCUCUUGGUGAAGGGUUGCAGCCGUCAAGACGCAGAUCUCUCUUUACCUUGGCAACAUCGAUGAUUAUCUUCUCAGCUAAAGCCUACAACAUUGUUGGCCUUGCUCCUUCUGCUAAAGCAGCACUUGCAAAUGAAACAGUUGAUCCAUUUCUACAGUUAGUUGAUGACUCCAAGUUACAGGCUAUUGAAUCUGGCCCUGACCAACCAAGGAAAGUUUAUGGAUCAAAAGAAGAUGAUGAAGAUGCUUUAAGGUCACUUUCGGCUUUAGAAAAAGCUGAUACCCAAUCUAAGGAAUCAUAUGCUACCAUGAUAGUGAAGACACUGGCAAAAUCAUCAGAUGAAUUUUCAACUAUGAGACAGCAGUUACUGAACGAUUUUCUUCCUGAUGAUACAUGUCCUUUGGGAGCUCCAUUGUGCAUGGAAACUCCCGUUCAAAUCAACCAAUCUGGCUUACCAGAAAAUGCAGCUCCUAAUACUGUUGAGCCUCCAAUGUUCAUAAUUGAUGAAGACGCUUUACCCAGUGCAUCUGAAAGUCAAACAGAUACGAACACGAAACUGGCCGUAGAAAAUCUGAGCCUCAUCAGCGUCAAUGAACUUUUGGAUUCGGUUUUGGAGACAACUCACCAAGUAGGUAGAAUAUCAGUUUCAACUGCUUCAGAUAUCCCUUACAUGGAAAUGGCUGGCCAUUGUGAAGCCCUUCAAAUGGGGAAGCAGAAGAAGUUGUCUGCAUUCACAGUUGCCCAACAAAGGCAAGAAAGUUUGAUUAGAUUUUCUACUCAGGAUCGCAGUGUAUUAAACGAAGUGCCUCCUUCGGUUGUCCUGGGUGUUCCUACGAGUGGUAAUCCAUUCCUUGAUGCAAAUGCUGUUCCGGUCAACCAACCUGUUGGCAAUGGUCCGAUGCCUUGUGCAACUGGAUUCCAACAUUAUCCCCGCUUUCAGCUACCUGCGUCGAGCCCCUAUGAUAACUUUUUAAAGGCUGCUGGUUGCUAAUUUGUAGAGAUAAGCUUGGUAGCCAUUGUAAGAAUUGAGUUUUGCAUUGGAGUAACGAGUGAGUCCCAAGUUCAAUCACUGAAAACUCCUUGUUUGUAGUGUUGUUGUUCCUGAUAUCGGCCUCAC